CACGCGCGUCAGCGCCACAGCCCGCGACGCGACGUGCGGGGCCAAGCGCCGGGAGCGCGCGUGUCCGCAGAUCCCGGUCCUCCGGGAGCCCCGCCCCCAGGUGCUGUCGGCAGGAGGCGGAGCGAGGCUUCCCGCGCCGCGCGCUCCCGCGGCAGGCGCGCUGCCGGCCCUGCGGCUCUGGGGCGCACGGGGCCGAGCGGCAGGGGCGCGCGCGCGGGGCCGCGCUCUCUCCCUCACACACACACUCCCAUUUCCGAGCUCCGUCACCCGCGCGGAGUGUCUCCCCUGGAGGAGCUUGUCCCUGCCUGACCGCGCUGCGGCUCGGCCCUGAGCAGUUGAACCAGCACUCCACCAGCAGUGUAAGAGUUUCCAGUUUAACCACUGAGUUUCUUAUGAGAAAUCUGCUCUCCUUCAAGUCAUUAUUCCACUAUAGACUGAUUCAGAAAACAUGGCUACUGCAAUUAGGGAGGUGGGAGUUUGGAGACAGACCAGAACACUCCUGCUGAAGAAUUACCUAAUCAAAUGCAGGACUAAAAAAAGUAGUGUUCAGGAAAUUCUUUUUCCAUUAUUUUUUUUAUUUUGGUUAAUAUUAAUUAGUAUGAUGCAUCCAAAUAAGAAAUACGAAGAAGUGCCUGACAUAGAACUUAACCCUAUGGACAAAUCUAUUCUGUCUAAUCUAAUUCUGGGAUAUACUCCAGUGACUAAUACUACAAGAAACAUCAUGCAAAAAGUUUCCACUGACCACCUUCCUGAGGUCAUAAUUACUGAAGAAUAUGCAAAUGAAAAAGAAUUGUUAGUAUCCAGUCUUUCUAAACCCAACAACUUUGUGGGUGUGGUUUUCAAAGAUUUCAUGUCCUAUGAACUUCGUUUUUUUCCUGAUAUGAUUCCAGUGUCUUCUAUUUAUAUGGAUUCAAGAGCUGGCUGUUCAACAUCGUGUGAGGCUGCUCAGUACUGGACCUCAGGGUUCACAGUUUUACAAGCGUCCAUAGAUGCAGCCAUUAUACAGCUGAAGACCAAUGUUUCCUUUUGGAAGGAACUGGAGUCAACUAGAGCUAUCAUUAUGGGAGAAACUUCUGUGGUUGAGAUAGAUACAUUUCCCCGAGGAGUAAUUUUAAUAUACCUAGUUAUAGCAUUUUCACCUUUUGGAUACUUUUUGGCAAUUCAUAUCGUAGCAGAAAAAGAGAAAAAGUUAAAGGAGUUUUUAAAGAUAAUGGGACUUCAUGACACUGCCUUUUGGCUUUCCUGGGUUCUUCUGUAUACAAGUUUGAUUUUUCUUAUGUCCCUUCUUAUGGCAGUCAUUGCAACAGCUUCUUCGCUAUUCCCUCAAAGUAGCUGUGUUGUGAUAUUUCUACUUUUUUUCCUGUAUGGGUUAUCGUCUAUAUUUUUUGCUUUAAUGCUGACACCUCUUUUUAAAAAAUCAAAACACGUGGGAAUAGUUGAAUUUUUAGUCACUGUGGCUUUCGGAUUUGUUGGCCUUUUGAUAGUCUUCUUGGAAAGUUUUCCCAAAUCAUUAGUGUGGCUUUUCAGUCCUUUCUGUCAGUGUACCUUUUUGAUUGGUAUUGCACAGGUCAUGCACUUAGAAGAUUUUAAUGAAGGUGCUUUAUUUUCUAAUUUGGCUGAAGGCCCAUAUCCUCUAAUUAUUACUAUUGUCAUUCUAGCACUUAAUAGUGUAUUCUAUGUCCUCUUGGCUAUCUACCUUGAUCAAGUCAUUCCAGGGGAAUUUGGCUUACGGAGAUCAUCUUUUUAUUUUCUAAAGCCAUCAUAUUGGUCAAAGAGCAAAAGAAAUUAUAAGGAGCUAUCAGAAGGCAAUGUUAAUGGGAAUAUUAGUUUUAGUGAAAUUGUUGAGCCUGUUUCUUCAGAAUUUAUGGGAAAAGAAGCCAUAAGAAUCAGUGGUAUUCAGAAGACAUACAGAAAGAAAGGUGAAAAUGUGGAGGCUUUGAGAAAUUUGUCAUUUGACAUAUAUGAGGGUCAGAUUACUGCUUUACUUGGCCACAGUGGAACAGGAAAGAGUACAUUGAUGAAUAUUCUUUGUGGACUAUGCCCGCCUUCUGAUGGAUUUGCAUCUAUAUAUGGACACAGAGUCUCAGAAAUAGAUGAGAUGUUUGAAGCAAGAAAAAUGAUUGGCAUUUGUCCACAGUUAGAUAUACAUUUUGAUGUUUUGACAGUAGAAGAAAACUUAUCCAUUUUGGCUUCAAUCAAAGGAAUACCAGCCAAUAAUAUAAUACAAGAGGUGCAGAAGGUUUUACUGGAUUUAGACAUGCAGGCUAUCAAAGAUAAUCAAGCUAAAAAGUUAAGUGGUGGUCAAAAAAGAAAACUGUCUUUAGGAAUUGCUGUUCUUGGGAAUCCAAAGAUAUUGUUGCUAGAUGAACCAACAGCUGGAAUGGACCCUUGUUCUCGUCAUAUUGUUUGGAAUCUUCUGAAAUAUGGAAAAUCUAAUCGGGUAACAGUGUUUAGUACUCAUUUCAUGGAUGAAGCUGAUAUUCUUGCUGAUAGGAAAGCUGUCAUAUCACAAGGAAUGUUGAAAUGUGUUGGUUCUUCAAUUUUUCUCAAAAGUAAAUGGGGGAUUGGCUACCGCCUAAGCAUGUACAUAGACCGAUACUGUGCCACUGAAUCUCUUUCUUCCCUGGUUAAACAACAUAUACCUGGAGCUACCUUAUUACAACAGAAUGACCAACAACUUGUGUAUAGUUUACCUUUUAAGGACAUGGACAAAUUUUCAGGUUUAUUUUCUGCUCUAGACACUCAUUCAAAUUUGGGUGUAAUUUCUUACGGUGUUUCAAUGACGACUUUGGAAGAUGUGUUCUUAAAGCUGGAAGUUGAAGCAGAAAUUGACCAAGCAGAUUAUAGUGUAUUUACUCAGCAGCCACCAGAGGAAGAAAUGGAUUCAAAAUCUUUUGAUGAAAUGGAGCAGAGCUUACUUAUUCUUUCUGAAACCAAGGCUUCUCUUAUGAGCACCAUGAGCCUUUGGAAACAACAGGUGUAUACAAUAGCAAAGUUUCAUUUGCUGACCUUGAAAAGGGAAAGUAAAUCAGUAAGAUCAGUGUUGCUUCUGCUUUUAAUUUUUUUUGCAGUUCAGAUUUUUAUGUUUUUGGUGCACCGCUCUUUUAAAAAUGCUGUGGUUCCCAUCAAACUUGUUCCAGACUUAUAUUUCCUAAAACCUGGAGAUAAACCUCAUAAAUACAAAACAAGUCUGCUUCUUCAAAAUUCUACUGACUCUGAUAUCAGUGAUCUUACCAGCUUUUUCACAAGCCAGAACAUAAUGGUGACAAUGUUUAAUGACAGUGACUAUGUGUCUGCUGCUCCCCAUAGUGCAGCUUUAAAUGUGAUGUAUUCUGAAAAGGACUAUGUUUUUACAGCUGUUUUCAACAGUACUAUGGUUUGUUCUUUACCUGUAUUGAUGAAUAUUAUCAGUAAUUAUUAUCUUUAUCAUUUAAAUGUGACUGAAAGCAUCCAGGUCUGGAAUACCCCAUUCUUUCAAGAAAUUACAGAUAUAGUUUUUAAAAUUGAGCUGUAUUUUCAAGCAGCUCUUCUGGGAAUCAUUGUUACUGCAAUGCCGCCUUACUUUGCCAUGGAAAAUGCAGAGAAUCAUAAGAUCAAAGCUUAUACCCAGCUUAAACUUUCAGGACUUUUGCCAUCUGCGUAUUGGAUUGGACAAGCUAUUGUUGAUAUCCCCUUAUUUUUUCUUGUUCUUAUUUUGAUGCUAGGAAGUUUAUUUGCAUUUCAUUAUGGAUUAUAUUUUUAUGCUAUAAAGUUCCUUUCUGUGGUUUUUUGCCUUAUUGGUUAUGUUCCAUCAGUCAUUCUGUUUACCUAUGUUAUCUCCUUCACUUUUAAAAAAAUUUUGAAUACCAAAGAGUUUUGGUCAUUUAUCUAUUCUGUGACAGCAUUGGCUUGCAUUGCAAUCACUGAAAUAACGUUCUUUAUGGGAUACACAGUUACGGCUGUUCUUCAUUAUACCUUUUCCAUAGUCAUUCCAAUCUAUCCACUUCUAGGUUGUCUGAUUUGUUUCAUAAAGAUUUCUUGGAAGAAUAUUCGAAAAAAUGAAGACACCUAUAAUCCAUGGGAUAGGCUUUUGGUGGCUGUUGUAUCGCCUUACCUGCAGUGUGUACUCUGGAUUUUCCUCUUACAGUACUAUGAGAAAAAAUAUGGAGGCAGGUCAAUAAGAAAGGAUCCUUUUUUCAGGACUCUUUCAACAAAGUCCAAAAAUAGGAAGUAUCCAGAACCACCAAGCAAUGAGGAUGAAGAUGAAGAUGUCAAAGCUGAAAGACUAAAGGUCAAAGAGCUAAUGAGUUGCCAGUGUUGUGAGGAGAAGCCAGCCAUUAUGGUCAGCAAUUUGCAUAAAGAAUAUGAUGACAAGAAAGAUUUUCUUCUUACAAGAAAAGUAAAGAAAGUGGCAGCUAAAUAUGUCUCUUUCUGUGUGAAAAAAGGAGAGAUCUUGGGGCUACUGGGUCCAAAUGGUGCAGGCAAAAGCACAAUUAUCAAUAUUCUGGUUGGUGAUAUUGAACCAACUUCAGGCCAGGUAUUUCUUGGAGAUUAUUCUUCAGAGCCAACUGAUGGUGAUGAUUCCGUUAAGUAUAUGGGAUACUGUCCUCAGAUAAACCCACUGUGGCCGGAUAUUACAUUGCAGGAACAUUUUGAAAUUUAUGGAGCUGUGAAAGGAAUGAGCUCAAGUGACAUGAAAGAAGUCAUAACUCGGAUAACAAAUGCACUUGAUUUAAAAGAACACCUUCAGAAAACUAUAAAGAAACUACCUGCAGGAAUCAAGCGAAAGUUGUGUUUUGCCCUGAGUAUGCUGGGGAAUCCUCACAUUACCCUGUUAGAUGAACCAUCUACAGGUAUGGAUCCUAAAGCGAAACAGCACAUGUGGCGAGCAAUUCGAACUGCAUUUAAAAAUAAAAAGCGGGCUGCUAUUCUGACCACUCAUUAUAUGGAGGAAGCAGAGGCUGUCUGUGACCGGGUGGCCAUCAUGGUAUCUGGGCAGUUAAGAUGUAUUGGGACUGUCCAGCAUCUGAAGAGUAAAUUUGGAAAAGGCUACUUUUUGGAAAUAAAGUUAAAGGACUGGAUAGAAAACCUAGAAGUAGACCGCCUUCAAAGAGAAAUACAGUAUAUUUUCCCAAAUGCAAGCCGUCAAGAGAGUUUUUCUUCUAUUUUGGCUUAUAAGAUUCCUAAGGAAGAUGUUCCAUCCCUUUCACAAUCUUUUUCUAAGCUGGAAGAAGCUAAACAUACUUUUGCCAUUGAAGAAUACAGCUUUUCUCAAGCAACAUUGGAACAGGUUUUUGUAGAACUCACUAAAGAACAAGAGGAAGAAGAUAACAGUUGUGGAACCUUAAACAGCACGCUCUGGUGGGAAAGAACGCAGGAAGACAGAGUAGUGUUCUGAAGCAGUUCAGUCUGCUUACUGAAUUUAUUUUAACUCUGGUUUAAAAGGUGUAUUAUUUCGAUGGUGACUGAAGAACCAUGAAAGCACUUGGGAUUUUCCUAAUUUCCUUGACUGAAAUGCUGUGGUUUUGUGUUUUGCUUUUCUUUAAAUAAAACUUGUGUAUAAAUAAUUGAAA